ACCCAAGCAAGAAGCAAAUUGAGCAAUGGCCUCUCGGCGCCUCCUGUUGGUUGGGGAGGGGAAUUUCUCCUUCGCCGCUGCUCUCCUCGAGACCUUGGGUCCCAGCUCUAGUCUUACAGCCACCUGCCUCCAGCGCCCGGCGGACCUGGACCGGGAUCCGGUGGCCCGGGAAAAUUUAAGGCGCCUGCGCGAGCGAGGUACAGAGCUACGUUUUGGUGUGGACUGCACCCAGCUGGCAGAUGCCUUUGAACUGCACGACAGGAAGUUUGAUCGAAUUUAUUUUAACUUCCCACACUGUGGACGCAAAGCUGGAGUGGCUAAGAACAGGGAACUGCUUGCCAAGUUUUUCCAGAGCUGUGCAGAUGUUCUUGCAGAGGAGGGAGAAGUCCAUGUGGCACUGUGCAGAGGACAAGGUGGGACUCCUGCUGACAAGCCCAGGAGAGAAUGGCACAACAGUUGGCAAGUGGUUGCCAUGGCAGCUCAGGGGGGGCUCAUUUUAAGUGAUGUGCUUCCCUUCAGCAGUGAGGCUGUGCCCGGGUACAAGUGCACUGGAUAUAAGAGUCAAAAUAAGUCCUUUCAUGUUGAAGGUGCUUUGAACCAUAUCUUCACCCGGAGUUUACCCUUCAAAUUUUCUCAGCCCAGAAUCUUCAGAAUCAAACUAGGUGACCAAUGUUUUUUCUUUGCGGAACCAGAAUCACUUGCAGGAAAGUUAAACAGGGGUUUCCUGGAAGCACCUUCAUGUCAUCCUACCAAAAACAUAAAUGAGAAGCUGAUUGCUGAAUUCGGCAAAGUAUUCCCUCUCAAAAGGCUGAAGUGUCCAUUCUUUUUGCUGCCAGAGGGAGGCACCAGUGUUCUCCCUUCCUGGAACGAUGACAUUCUGUCAGCUGCUUUUUGGAUUAAUCUUGAGGACAAUUCAAAUUCUGAGUCCCUGACUGGUGGAACAGCACAAGAUAUGGAGGACUUGAUAGUGUCAUUUUCAGAACUUAGCCUGUCCAAGGCUUUCAGGGCUCCUGGGAGAGAUGAUAAUGAAGAAGCUCCUGAAGAAAUAUAUAGCCAGGCCAAGGUUUGCCUUAGACCUUCUCUCCUAGUUCACGUUCAGGCAGUCAUCCAAGCACCAGACUUCCUCCCAGGUUCUCUGCAUGUCCUCAGUGGACCCGUCUUUAGGAAGUGCCAUAUUUUGCCUUUCACAAUGCCAGCAUUUCAUGAAAUUUUAUUUAUUCUUGGGUUUAAUCAAAAUCUGAAGGACAGCUGUCUUCAGUCACUGUUGGAUCACCUGAAGGGCAUUCUCAAUCACCUCUUCACCCACACAUUGCUGGAAGGGUCUAAGCUGAGCAGUUCAGUGGAAUUUAUCCUUCAACCAACUGAAAAAGAUUAUGUGCUUUGCAUUAAGUCAUAUAAUUUUGGCUCAGAUGAUGCCAAGGGUCUAAUUAUUGGGUCUGUUACCAUAUCUGCUUCAAGCAUUAUACACAAAGACCAAUGUUUUGUGUAUGUGUCUAUGAACUUGGACCUGUUAACUAUGCUUGUCUGGGGUAUCUCUGACUGGAGAAUGUUAUGGACCUAUGAUAACCGUUUCCUGAAGAAUUUUGUCCCUGGAAAAGUAGAACCCUUUAUAAGCUAUUCCCUGUAUCCUCCAUGCUAUGUGCAUGAUAUUAGUUUUUGGUUAGAUGAGAAGAAAGGUUUUAAUGAACUAGAGUUUCAUACUGUGGCCCGAGCAGUGUCCCAGGACACUAUCAUAGCCAUACAGUUCCUUAGUCGUUUUCAGCAUCCAAAGACUGAACAAGUCAGCCUCUGCUAUAGAUUGACCUACCAGACCUGUGACAAGGCCCUCACCCAACAGCAAGUAGCAUCAAUGCAGUCUCAACUUAGGAAAGAGAUUCAGCAACGACUAUAUGUGACACCUCGGUAGCUCAGUAAAUUCAUUUCUAUAGUGUGAUUCAUUAUGGAUGAAAAAAGACCAAUUUUCAAUCAGUAAUCCUUUCUGGACUGUGUUUUUCUAACGUCUUUUACCUUGUGAUUAUAGCCACUGUUGGUUGACCCUAAAGAUACCUGCAACUCAAUCACUUAAACUUAAGACUAUAAUGUGACUGUUAACCUUUGGAGCUGUGCAAAUAAUGACUAAGAAAACAAAUAAAACAAAACAGCUUCUUGUA